UAGAUUUCACCGAGUGGAAUGAGGGAGGCACCAUGGCCCUUGAGACCUUUAAGAAUUAUUCUAGUCGCAAAGAUUCACUGAUUCCAAGCCUUCGCAUACAUAUAUGAUAUAUGAGCCCUUGUCAUAGACCCCAACCCAAGCUCUUGUUGGCUCCCUAUAGGUAUACUUACGCCCUCUGUACCUCACCAGAGUCAACCCCCACCUUACUUGGAUUCCUCUCUCUCCCAUCCCCAAAAUGCCAGAAUGUCGAUACUUAGUACGAGGCUAUCGACCACCAUUCUUUCAGCUCCAAGAUCCAAGAUUAAUCCAGCAAUUAUCCCUUUUCUUUCACAGGUACCUCGUGUGAAGCAUUAUUCUAUUUCCUCCAUGUUUCGUCCUAGCUAUACUUGUGAUAUUGACGCUGAACCGCUUCACCGGUACCGGCCUGGCGGCUACCAUCCGAUUCUAUUGGGCGAUUUGUUCAAGGAUCAAAGAUAUAAAGUCAUUCAAAAGAUCGGCUGGGGUGGUAAUUCAACUACUUGGGUAGCUCGUGAUCAACUGCAUAACCGAAAUGUUGCGUUAAAGGUAUCUGUGUCGGAAAAGAGUAGCAACAAUGAAGCGCAUGUUUUAAAUGCUAUUUCCAAGCUUUCAGAAGAGUCUCUCAGACAGGACCACCCUGGUCAGCACCAUUUGAUGCGAAUGCUGGACCACUUUACGGUUGAUGGGCCUAACGGAAUACAUGAUUGCCUUGUGCUUGAACUGCUCGGUCCUAGCGUACCAGAUGUCAUUGAGUCCCUUUAUAGCGAUGGUAGACUCCCUGCGGAUUUUGCCAAGUCCACUGCAUACCAGGCCUUACUCGGCAUUGAUUAUCUCUCUAGCCAUAAAAUUGGACAUGGAGACCUCCAUUCGAGGAAUAUCGUAUUUGCUUUACCGAACCUUGCCUCUUUAGACGAGGUACAGUUUUUGGAAAAGUUCGGCCGGCCUGAGACAACACCGGUACGGAGUGUUGACGGCAUGGCCUUGACAGCUCACCUCCCUAAUUACAUAGUCCGGCCCAUUUCUUUCCAUGCUCGGGGUAUGCGUGAGGAAUUACGUAGGUCCACAGUCAAAAUCAUUGAUUUUGGCGAGGCCUUCUUCCGGAGCCAGAGUGCCGUCGCGGUCCACACGCCACUGGCCGUUCGAGCGCCGGAGGCGAUAUUUGACGAUAGGAUUGAUUAUCGCAUUGAUACGUGGAGUAUGGGUUGUCUGCUCUUUGAACUAGUGGCUGGCCAGCCACCGUUUGACGUAGUUAUGCUAACUCGAGCUAUUCUGGUGUCGGAGAUGAUGGAAUUCUGCGGCGAGCUGCCUGAUCGGUGGCGAGAAAAAUUGGAUACAAUAGGGGUAGGGAGAACCGAACCUGUUAGUGAUGCCCCUUGUACACUACUGGAUUGGUUACAAGAUAUCUACUUUGAUGAUAAUAAGACGCCGGGGUUUACAAGGCAGGAUAUUGCAAAGGUGUGUGAGCUUGUAACACGAAUGUUGAAGUUUGAACCGUCUUCACGGGCAUCGGCAAAGGAAAUUACAAGCGACCUGUGGUUUAACGGAUUAAAAUCAUAAUGAAUAGAAUAUAAUUAAUUAUUUAUAAACAAAAAGGCAUAAUAUUAUAUUGCUGCCCCGUCCAAACUUAU